GGUUUCUGAGGAUCAUAAAUGCUAUUCUACUUUUGUGAGCGCUGUAUGAGAUCCCAUACAGGGAGGAAAUCUCCCGUCAAGCAAAGGGUGGCACAUCAUCUCAACCCUGCCGCAAGGCAGGACGAGGCAACACCAAAAACAUAUUGAAAGUACCUCAAAAUGGAUGAGGAAGAUCUUGGUGAAUCGCUGCCUCUCACUGGCGUGGGAGCGAUGUUCAUCGACGAGGCCGUUCGGGCACUGUCCGAGCUUACGAUCUCGCCAUGCCACACGUUGGAGGACGUCCACGCCCUUUUAAAGCAGAGUAACCUGCUGCGAGACACCAUGCUAGCAGGACACUGUGCAGACUGCCAGGUGAUGCAGACAACCCUACUAAGAUUUGUGGAGCACAGAGGCGUACAAGUCGUGGUGGACGUGCUGGAGAAGUGUCUAGCGGCAGGCUGCAACCUGCAGUGGAGUUCAGAUGAGAGCUUCGGCAUUGAGGGCUGCAUGAGAACCUUCCAUCUGCUGGAAGUCAUUGGAAGCUCAGACAACAUUACAGUAUGGCAGAAAGCAUCCGAAACUGACAAGAGGGCAGCCAUUGGCCUCGUCAUUCACCUGAUAGAGGCAGCCAUGCAGGGGCGGUUUGUGGACGUGCGAAUGCAGGACUGCUACAAUGUUGUCAAGUGCUUGCAAGACCUAACCUGCCUGGAUGCGAGCACCGCCAGCUAUUUCUUUGAGCUCGGCGGCUUCAGCAAUCUCAGCGCGCUCCUGAGCUGGCCGGAGGCUGACAUGCGGCAUGCACGCUGGGCUGCAGCUGUUGUGCUGAAAGAUUUGGUGGCGCUGGCGUUGCCCACAGCGAAGGUGGCUGACUGGCGUAUUGCCAAGGACAGCGUGCAGGCCAUCAGCUGCCUCAUUGAGGCGCUCUACCUCUUCAGCAAGGAUGGAAAGCACCUGCUGUAUGAGAGCAGCGUCCUGGGCAUUCUGCUCAUCCUGCAGCACCUGGGCCAGAACCAGACCUAUCUUGCCAUCAUCACAGGUGUUGUGGAGAUACAUCAAGCGGGCAACUUCGUGUUCCAGUACGUCAGGGAUAGACUGAGGGAUCCUCUCACCAAGUCAUUGGCAGUCAGAGUCGGCCUGCUCUGCUUCCCAAAUGGGUUGGAGGAGCCCUCACUGGGUUGCCGAAGGAAGGGCUUGUUGAGAUUUUUUGGGCGGGGAGACCCUCAAGAAGGCUACUCUCCUUUGCCCACCUGCUGACCAGACUCAGACCAGUACACUGGGGACUGGGGACAGUGCACCUAUAUGCAAAUUCCCAGUCAUCUUUUUUUUAUUUAAAGAUUAUAUCGUGCCAUUUUUUCCUUGUCUUCAUUUGACAGCGAAAGCACCAUGGUUCAUCUGGUGGUCAUGACCCCAGGUUUACAAUUGUGCAAGUUCCAAAAUUGUCACGUGACAGCCUCUCUAUUUGGUAGUGUGUAUAUAAUUGUCGGGUGGCUCUCUUUCGGAAGUAAAUUUCAAGAAGAACGAAGCUUUUACCUGCUCAGAAACGACCAUCAAAGUCAAUUGCUGCUGAUAUAUCAUCCAUGGCCUAGGAACCAAAUUGUUGGGAAGGCAGAGCAACCCAAUUUGUUACUGUACCAUGUGGUAGUCUUUUUACAGACUCGUUGUCAGACCUUUACACUGUAAAGUUUACAGCC